AUGCCAGGCAUCUUCCCAGUCUGGUCUCACGAGGAAGGCAUCGACCAGAAACAGAACAGGAUGCCCGGCCUCGGAAGGCAGUCACGAAAAUACCUCCUGGCAGGAUUCUGUCUCGCUAUCUCCCUUUUUCUGACCUAUCUGUACUCCCCGGCAUGGCAGCACCGCAACGGCAACGACUACAUUUGGGGAAAGACUCCUGGGCUUGGGCACAGUAACAACACAACCGUAGGGACUGCGGACAAAAUAACUGAACCAGCCUUUCCGCCCGACUACAUCUACGAGUCUGAGGACCAAAAGAACUGCGAGAGAGUUUAUGGUGGCUCAUACCUUACCCAUAUCGCGACGCACCAGCACUCGUAUUGUGAUGCGAGAUCACCGGGGCAGAUACAGUGCUUCGAAGCGCCAAGAUUAGGGACGCCGUGGACGAGCGACUGGCAGAAGGAUCCAAUGUGUAUCGCAAGAGGGGUCCUGUACAAUCCGCCCAGCUCUGCAUCGAACCUUGUGACAGCCAACACCUUCACCGUACAAUGCGACCCUCGGCUGCCUUCACAAGAUGUGGCUGGUACUCCAGAACAGGGGAACGCAUUCCCUCCCUUGGACAAGAUGGGUAUAUACUGGUUCGAGACUGGUAUCGGCACACAGUUCAAAGAGUGGGAUUUCGAUGCAAGAAAAGACAACAACUGUUCCAAGACCGUGGAUGAUCCGAGCUGGAUCCUCCUCGCUCGUAGAGAACAGAACAGGAACAUCUGGCACAAGUUGAUGGAGCCGUGGCAGGCAAUGCUCACAAUGGAUGCCUUGCAAAUGGCUAUCAACCCCGAGACCAGCAAGCCAUGGCUGGGCGAGACAGACGCCAGUUCGGUCCAGGUCGUCUUCGAGGACGACCGAGAAGAGAUCUACGACGACUGGUGGAAGAUGGUUACAGGGAAUCCACCGAUCCGUCGAAGUGCUAUCCCACCGGGAACAUGCUUCAGAAAUGUGAUCCUGCCGCUUGCCGGGUCAAGCAGUCCCUUCUGGACCGCCUUGUUGGAGUCUGUAUACCACGAAACCUGUAGGACACAGUUUCUCCUUGACACAUUUCUUCGUCGGGUAUACAAAUUCCUCGAGUUGACGCCGCGGGCUCCUUCCGACAUUCAUGUCGAUCCCACCAUCACUAUUAUUGAACGAAAGGACACACGCAAAUUUAUUGAUCUCGAUAGAUGGGUCGAGAUCCUCCGUCUUAAAUACCGCAAAUCAAGUAUAAACGUCGUCGAUUUCGCAGACCUCACUCUGAAAGAGCAGGUCAAACUGGUUCAGUCAACAGAUGUUCUGGUCGGCCACCAUGGAGCUGCCAUGACACAUGUGCUCUUCUUACCACCCGAGGCAGCCGUCGUGGAGAUCAUGCCGCCGUUCUUCGAGAUGCGAGGCUUCCGUUCUGUUGCACGCAUGCGGGGCCUCGCUCACUUUUCGGCACGCUGUAUGUGGCCCGAAGAGUGGAACGCCACAGUCAACGGCGUACCGCUCCCAGAAGGAUGGCAGCCGCCGCAGACGAAAGCAGGCUGGCAGGAAGCUGAAUGGGCCUACAUGACGGAGGAGAACUUUGUCGGUUACGUGGAGGCCGCAGUGAGACAUCAGCAGAACAGACGUUAUGACGGCAUCUGA